UGCAAUAGAAACUAGUCGCUCUUAUUUAUUUUGUGUUGUACAACCUGUGAAAAAUUAGCACCGAUUGAGCCGCUUCUAAAUUUUAAGCGUUAUGUGGUUAAUUAUGUUAUCAGUGGCGUGGUUAGCGGGCGUGUCAUCAGGAAUACCUUGUGAACAAGCGCGACUUAAAUGUGCUUAUCGAGUUGGAUGCGGAAUGGCUCUUCAGAACUACAUAGUAGGAUGUUCUGCUGUACUUCAAGGUGAUGAUUUUCCUAAACAUUGUCCCGAAAUUUGCCAAUAUUCCCUCACUGCCCUUACAUCCACAGAUGAAGGAAAGGAACUGAUGAAUUGUGUAUGCAGUGACGAUUACUGUGAAGACCAAAAACAAAGGACCGACAUCUGUAGGCCCGCCGUAAUACAUGCUAUGAAUGCGGUGGUGGUGCCUUGCAGAGUAGCUCAAUGGAUCUGUAUGGCGGAUACUUUGUGUUCAAAGGCUCUUGAGUACUACAACGAAUACUGCAAAGCCAUGUUCCAUGGAAAGAAAUGCACACUUAGAUGUAAUAAUUCUAUUAACAUUUUGAGGAAGCAGGAGAAAGCUGCCAAACUAAAAUCGUGUAAAUGUGAUGGUUUUGAAGAUUAUGACUGUCACGGUAUUCAACGGAACAUGGACAAACUAUGUUUCCACAAACACGCUAGGCAUCACAACAGAACCCACCACGGUUACAAAGAAGAAGAAGAUCCGAUUCAUCGAAUCCACAAAGAAGAAGAAGAAGUACCGACGGUUAUUCUUGCCAGCAAUGGACUAAAAGUAACUAUCAGUUGGUCUGUACUAGUGUCGAUAGUGGCAGCACUGGUAACAUGAAAAAG